UCUUUCGGCGGUGUGGGAUGUGGGAAUUGGGAUACACACCAAGCAAGGUUAGAUCGGGGCGGAGGUGUAAACCGACGCGAAUCAUGUUAAUUUAUUUGUAAUAGGUGACGACGAAGGGAUUCAACAGAAACGUAACAUGACAGAGGCACGCGAUUUGUAUUGUUGACGAUAGUAAAAAUACUCGUCCGCGGACGACGAUCUCGCAAUGGCCGAUAAUAACCUGCCGAAGAUUUUUGCAGCUGAGGACUUUAACCCAGAGAAAUUUGUGAAGGAGCUGAGUGCACAAUGUAUUGGUGCAGACGAAUUGAGGAAGCAGCGCGCAAAAAUCCAGGAACUGGCAAACAAUACAUCUGCUCAACUGAAACGGAAUGUCUAUCAGAAUUACAUGCAGUUUAUCGAGACUGCCAAAGAGAUCUCACAUUUGGAGAGCGAGAUGUAUCAGUUGUCUCAGCUUCUGAGCGAACAGCGUGCUUUGUUAAGUACUCUAGGCUCUACCAGAACAACUGGCGUUGUUUUCGAGGAUUUGCUUGAGUCACAGCAGGAGAAUUCGGCUGAUUCUAUGUCUAAAGAGGAAGAGCAAAAACAGAAACUCAUUCAACUGAUUGAAAAUGUGGAAGGCGCCUUGAGCCUAGCCGAGACUCCAGGACGCGUGUGUUUACACGAAGGUUCCCUGCUUGAGUUAGAUCCGAUCGACGGUACGCCAUUAAAAAGAAUUCACGCAUAUUUAUUCAACGAUGUUCUAAUGGUUGCAUCCUGGCUAGCAAACGGUGGCAGACGCGGCCCGCCUAGGUACAAAAUGCAAGCAGUUUAUAAUUUAGAAAGCUUGGCGAUCGUCAACGUAAGGGAUCACGGCACUGUGAAGCUGGCGUUCAAGUUGCUGGCAUUCUCCGACACGAGGGUGUUUCAGUGUGCCACAGCGACAAGUAAAAAAGAGUGGUUAGAUAAAUGCGAGCAAGCGAAAAGAACAAAGCUAGCGGAGGAGAAUUCAGUCAACGCACCGGAAAAGCAUCCGAAGGAGGACAAAGCGGUGCCGUCUCGUUCGAUGUCUUUGGAGUCGAAUACGUUAGGAAUGGAAGACGACGAUGACUCGGAGUACUACGAACCGCUGCCGGAGUGGGUGCUGGAAGUAGCCGAGGAUCUAGAUUCCUGUAUAGCACAACGUCACUUUGAGGAGGCUUACGGCUUAUUGGAGAAGGCGAAGACUUAUUUGAAGGACGCUCAAUCGACACCGCUAUUGACGGAGAUUCAGACGAAAGUGAACGAGAGAGGCUGCUCGCUGGUGAACGUAUUGACUAAGGAAUUGGAGUUAAGCGCGGAAGCGAAAUCGCUACAAGGCGGUGGUCUGAGAAGUGCUCGACGUGCGGUAAAACUCCUUAUACAGCUAAACAGAAGCGCACAAGCAUGCCACUUGUAUCUGCGAUUAUGCAGCGCGGUGCUGAAGGCGCGAAUGGAAAGGAUCAAAGAAGAAGGCACGAUUGUGGCCUAUGUGAAACAGAUUAGUGCGAUCGCCUUCAGCAAUAUAGUUGAGAUAGCGAGAGAAUUUCUGAAAACUUUUCCUAAAUCUACAAAUUGCACUUCUGGCUUAGUUGUAUGGUGCAGUCAGGAAGUGAAACAUUUAACGUCGCACUUAUCUCAGCAGUUGUUUGUGCCAAAGGUCACGCUAAGCACAUUGGUAGAAUGUAUUGUCACUGUUCGAAGUCAUUGCGAUCAGUUGACUCAGCUUGGCAUGGACUUCCGUUAUCAAUUAGACGGCCAACUUAGAUCUCCGUUAGCCAAAACUAUCAAAGACGCAGGUGAAAAUUGUCUCGACGCAGUAAAGCGUCACGUGACGGAGGACAAUUGGCGACCGACUAAUAUGGAAACUAGUCAGAAUCUUCAAAAACUAUUAACCGAGCUCGAAGAUCUCGGUAUUGGUGUACCAUCGUUACAAACGAACGAUUGUUGGAUACCAUUGACGUACAAUACGAUAACUUUCUCCAAGCUCUACGUCAAUCUGUUAGAAGACUGUCUUAGUAUAGCUACACCCGAACUUAUAUCUACGAUAGACGGCGUGCUUGUGUCCGUGAUGCGGGUCGAAGUUCAACACUUGAUCGUCUCGCUUACGGAUCCGAAAUUGAAGCAAGAGCGAAAAUUAGUACAAAACAAUGCAGCUUACGUGCGAGAUGUCAUUAUCGCUCGGGGCCUAGAACUGUACAAAUCCGCAACGAACCAGAAAUUCACGAAGCUGCUCGCUUUGAAAGAACAGAUUGUAUUCGAGUCUCCAUCGCCUACAAAGCCGAAGCCAGCUCCGAGAACUUCAGUUCCUAAAUACUCUACCACGGAAUAUCUCUAAACUGAAAUAGAGAACAUUAAGUCGCUUUUAAUUUAUAGAUGAAGAGAGAUGUUGCAGUAACGAACGCUUACUCGCACGUGUAUGCACGCGUGCAUGCACACACGAGAUAAUGUAAUAUAUUGUACAUAGAAGACCCGAUUCUUUGAAGUAAUAAAUACGGAUAUAGCGA